CCAGAUGCCCCUACAAUUUGGCCAAGGAAGAUUAAUGGAAAUACACGCACCAAAAGAUAGAUAUCCCAAACAAAGAUAACAUUCCAAAAAAUCUACAUGGACAUCAAUAAUACAGGUUUGUUGAAAAUUGCGCCAAGGACCAGGCUGUAGUCUGCAGAAGUUGAGUGUAAAUUAGGACCAGGCUGUAGCUCCAAGCUAUAGAAAACAAAGUCAGAUGAAAUAGCCCCCUUUAACUCAGGAUCUGCGCUAGAUAACAGAGUGAGUCAUCUCACUGGAUCUGCAUAUGUGUUGGAAACCAAAUAAAAGAGGCAAAAAUCAUGGCAUGGAACAAGGAGGUUGGAGUCUUGCAGCUCCAUUACUCCACUCUCAGUGAACACCAGAGACCAUGAAGACGACUGUUACUAAACCUCAAAAGAAACAAACCUUAAAUCACCAUAGGUAGCAAUUACCUGCACUGAGAUUCAUACCUCUAAAAUCUUACCUGUGCAUAAUCACAAAAUGAGAGAAGCAAGAAAUAAACCCUUCUGUAGAUAAGUUUUAGAGAUAGUCAUCUUCAUAAUCGUCCCAAUUUUGUUCCACUACCUUUGCAAGCUUUAACUUCUUUUUGGCUUUCUUUUUCUGGCUACGGGUAAGGGGUUGUUUGGGGGUAACCUCCUUUUUUACCGGACAGCUUUGUUUGAAAGCUUGUAUAAUUUCAUUUGCGAAGGUAUUUGUUGGCUCAUCUGGGUCCUCAAACCAGCCCAAAGGAGACUUUUUUCGACCUUCAGCAAGAAGUCUCGCCUUACUUCUUGUGAUCACUUGAGAAGGAUAUAUAUAUAUAUAUAUAUAAAAACAUGCAACCUCCGUUUAUGUAAUUUUUUCUACAAUUUGUGCAGAACUUUGCAAGCAAGAUUUUGAUCCGAGCUACACCAUAAAUGAUAAACGGGCUAGGUUGAAGCAGCUAGGCAAAUUGAAAUACAUGACACUAUUUUGAAACCAAACAAUCAAGAUUUGGGCUUUCCCUCACUUGGAAGGGGAGUUAUUUAUGAUUGAAGGCAAAUUGAAAUACAUGACACUGUUUUGAAACCAAACAAGCAAGAUCUGGGCUUUCCCUCACUUAGAAGGGGAGUUAUUUAUGAUUGAAGGUUCACAACAACAUUUCAUGGUAUGAAACAUGUUGAGUACAUGAAUAUACUUUCUAGAACAAUGUCAACCCCAAGUUGCAUCUCAGGUAAACCUCUAGCAUCAAUUUCCAGAACCCAUGUAUUAGAAUAGUCAAUGAAAAUACUCCACUGGCACUUAAAUUGAAUCCUCUUAGUAUGCUGCUAAACUAGAAUUCAUACUACUGUUCCCAUAGCCAAACAAUUAUGCUAAGGAAAUGAGAAGGAAAUGACUACUUGGAGUGAUACGUUGCAAAUCCAUAAACAAUUAUGUUGUAGUGUUUUGACAGAGGUUUUUUACUUGCACCAAGGAAGAUGACUUGGUUAAAGAUUUAUUCUAUUUAGACCAUGUUCAUAUAUGUAGUUUUGGCUAAAAGAGUCUAUCACGAGUUAGAUCAGGAUCAUAUAUGGUUAACUCAUACUAGGUUUAUAAACUUCAUACCUGUCCUAGAUUUUCGAAUUAAAACCUCCUCUCCUCUUGCAGGCAUGUGACUUUUUGGGGAAGCAUAAGGACAUCAAGAAUUAUUGUAGUUGAGUUAUUUCAUGUCAUUGCUCAAGUAAAAAACUACUAUUCCUGCGUGUGUGUGCGUAAAGUAUCAAAUGACCUUUAAUGAGCUACUUUUGAAGGUUUAUAAUAAAUUUGGUAAAAUUGAAUUUUCUUUUUUUAUUUUAUUUGAACUUCGGUGUAAUGUCCAGCUAUUUAAGAAAAAAUAUAUAUGUGUCCACACAUUUAUACAAAUGAUCAAUUUAGAUGAGGCCAACUCAAAAUUCACACAUGUAAACUUUUAGAAGGGUGCUGCUUAUUUAUUGAACUGAGCAAUUUAUCAGUUGAUUUAUCCAUGAUCAAUUCUUUACUAGGUCAGAUUGGAUGCUUUUGACAUCUCUGAAGUGUUUGGUGAUAGCUGACCAACCAUAUCAAAAGAGCUUAAGACCAAUGCUGCUUCGAUUUUUUAGCUGAUGAAUAUCUCUAUUUGAUCAUCUUUUGUUCUCUUAGUACAUGUGCUCAUUUGUAUGGUGCAUAGGAAUAGAUUGUACACAUGAAACUGUCCAAGAGAUUUUUUUUUAGCCACGAAGUCAUUUGAAUUGGUUAUUACUUAUUAUGUAUUGCAAUUUUUGAUGGAAUUCACUUAUCAUAGCUAUGAUGCUUAGAUUUUGACAUUGAAGGCAGAAUUUGGCUAGCUUGGUAAUCAAUGUUAUGUAGAUGUAUCGGCGUCGACAAAGAAAUCGACGGUGGCGGCGGAGUACAGGCACCGAUUGACGAUGGGUUGUUGGACCGGAGGGAAGGAGCCCCAAAUUUCUUCCUUCGUCUUUUUUUUGAAAGUGAAGGACGGGCAAAGGUGACGGCGAGCAGUGAGCAGUGGCCGGAGAUGCGACCGCCGGUGAGAUUGGCGGAGAAGACAACUGUAGGUGGCGACCGCCGGUGAUAUUGGCGGAGAAGGGUUAUAUCUGGGAUUUUACAACACAAUCCUCUCUCUUUCUCGCUCAUAUUAUAGUGGAUCCUAGAAAUCAGCGCACAAUCUCCAUAAUUUUCAUUCGUCCUUUCCUCUUCCAACGAUGGCACACCCGAUCGAUUGUUUCUUUGUAGCAUGCCGAUCCGAAAUCCAAAUAGUUGUAUUCAGAAUUGUCAUCUUUUCCGGCUAAAUGAAGAAGGUUGAUCGAGAUCCACCCUAAAAUCAGAGAUCCACCAUGGUUCAUUGAUGAUUAUGCAAGGUUUACAGAUCAUGGGUUAUGAUGAAUAGGUCUUGGGUAAAAUAAUGAACACGUUGUUAGUUC